ACCGUGGAUGAGACAGAUCAGAGUCAUUGUCCGCAUACACGAUUAUGAUACCUUAUCUUUCAGUGUAUCUUUAUUAUCGGACGUUUUUCAGUAUACAGUUACACAUUUUUGCUUGAAUGGCGGUUCUUGGUGUCAACCACACAAGGACAGUUGUGAAGAUGGUAGAAGUCACCCUGCUGUAUGUUUUCAUAAAAACAUCGGGGAUGAAUGAUUUUUGUAAAACAUGAAGGCUGUGUUUAUGGUAGUGGGACUGGAAAGACCGCUUUUUGGACGUGUAGUGAUCUGAUGGCAAAUUGGACGCCAGGAAACCACCGAACUGGAUUUAUAAUCGUCAACGGGUUCAUUGGUAUGCAGGAAUAGACGACGACAUGUUACAUCUUUAAUAUGUAGUCUGCUUUUCCAUCUCCGUCCCGGUCACUUUUGUUGGUGUGAAGUGGACAGUGACACAACUGCACAGAGGACGGGGACAGCUAUGGCAAGUGUGGAGAAAUGAUAUCGACGACGAGGGUUGACUCUUGUGCUUCACUAUUUGCGUUCAAAACGCUUUUGCUUUUAGCUUGGAUGCUUCCAGUCUUUUGUGCUCCGAACAAACAACUUUUCAAUCUCGAAUGGCCAAACAUCUCAAUCAUACAGCAUCUAGAGCCGUCCCGUUCAUCUCGUUAAUCCUCAAAUGUGAAUAACUGUAGUAGGAUUUAAGCUAACUGCUGCUAGCGCCUUGACUAUCCCCGCUCAUUGGGCAUUCAGUGACACACACAUUUGCUUGGACCAAACAAAUCUGUUAUUUUAUUCAGCUAAAGCCGGAGGGGACAAGGAAUGACCAUGUCGGACUGAAAAGACCCCAGUGGCUCUUGAAAAGUCACUGAACCACUGGGUUUAGUGGCUAAAAGGGGAUCAAAAGCUGACGCUAGCCUCCACCCGGUUCACACCGUCCUCAAGAGACCGCCAAGAGGAUCACUUCUUCUCUGUUAGCUACCAUAUUCUGCAAAAUGGGAGAGCAACCUAUCUUCAGUACAAGGGCCCAUGUCUUCCAAAUUGACCCCAGCACCAAAAAAAACUGGGUUCCUACAAGUAAACAUGCUGUUACCGUCUCCUAUUUCUUUGACAGUACAAGGAAUGUGUAUCGGAUCAUCAGUCUGGAAGGGUCUAAGGCCAUUAUUAACAGCACCAUCACACCAAACAUGACUUUCACAAAGACCUCUCAGAAGUUUGGGCAGUGGGCGGACAGCCGGGCAAACACUGUGUACGGGCUGGGGUUUUCAUCAGAGAGCCACCUGGUCAAGUUUGCUGAGAAGUUUGCAGAGUUUAAGGAAGCUGCACGUUUAGCCAAAGAGAAGUCUCACGAGAAGACUGAACUAAGCAGCACUCCCUCCCAGGAGUCAGCUCUAGGUGAAACCGUACAGUCACCUUUGACCCCCGAAACCAUAAAUGGUACAAAUGAGGAGAGAGCAUCACCUGAGAUGCAGCAUGCAGAGACUAGGGCAGAGCCUACCCAAAAUGCACUGCCCUUCUCUCACAGUUCAUCCAGCAUCAGUAAACACUGGGAGGCUGAACUGGCUGCUCUCAAAGGGAACAAUGCUAAAUUAACAGCAGCGUUACUGGAAUCCACAGCCAACGUAAAACAGUGGAAACAACAGUUAGCGGCCUAUCAGGAAGAGGCAGAGAGACUACACAAACGGGUGACUGAGUUGGAAUGUGUCAGUGGCCAAACCACAGCAAUUAAAACUCAGAAGACCGAACUCAAUAAAACGAUAGAAGAACUAGAGUUGGCUUUGAAAGGCAAGGAAGAGGAACUGGAGAGGCUCAAAGUUGAAGUUGAGAGUACUAAUGUCUUUAAUUCCCAAAAAGACUCCCUCACACAGAAAUUACAGGACACAGAGAGCCGUAACCAGUCCUUGGAGGCUCAGCUGAGUGAGCUGGAGCAGCGUCUGGAGAGCACACAGAUGGAGAGAGAGGCCUUUCGGAAGAGCCUGCGCUCCCUACUCCAGCUGUUGGACACCAAAAUAUUUGAGCUGACAGAACUGCGAGACUCACUUGCCAAGCUCAUUGAGACUAGCUAGAGUCCAUCUGUACCUGCACUUCUUUCACAUGAAGGGAAUGUGUCACUGCUGCCACCUUUCACCAUGCUUUGGCAUUGCAACAUAAAAGAAGUCACUUGCGCCCUCUCCUGCAUGUUGGAAGCCAUAGCACCACACCACUGCACAGCACAGAUCUGCCAUUACAAUGCCUGUUUUUGACAUGCGAACUCAAAAGACUCAGUUUGAAAAAGAUAUUUUGUUGAUCUCAUUCUGCUCACCAAUGACCAGUAAUUAGUAGGUGAGAAUUUUAAGAAAUAAACUUUUACACAUUUUACACAUUAUGUUGCACGCUAAACAUUUGAUUUAAAGUAAAAUUAGACAGUUCCUCACCCUUCCUCCUUUUUACACGUUGCUCCCCUUCAGUAAAUCACACUCAUGCAUCAAAGAACUCAAAGAACUACUAACUCUACUGUUGGGGACAAUGUCUUAUUUUGUUUUACAAAUAUAUUAGCAAUACUUAAUGGGUGCACUGGAGUUGUUAAUUUUGGUAUCUCCUUUUUUAAAAUCAGUGAGACCUUAUUUGAAAUCUGACUUGAGCCAAAAAAAAAGUUUAUUUUACCAGUUUUAUUUUUAACUAUUUAAUGAUUUUUAACAAAUAUCAGUAUGCACUUGUACAAGUUGUGUGACUCUUUGUUUUUUCCUACUAUUUUUGUUGCAACUUGAAUGACAAUGAUUGAAUCCUUUUUGAAUUUUUGCCAUAACCAAAUAUCACAAGUUGUCACCAACAAUAACUUAACUUCUGGUACAUGGGUAUGUUUUAUAUAGACUACAAUAUUUAAUAUUAAUAUUUAGCAAUGGAAUCAGCAGGUGGUUGCAGGUUAAAAUGCAUAUUAUUUUGCCAAAUAAUGUUGUCAUGUACAGAUUUGCAUACCGCUGUUGUUGCCUUGGUACAGACAUGCAUCAAUGGUAGCUAACUGAGAUACUUUUCUUGGAAUUUACUCUUGCCAAAAAGUCACUAUUGUUUAACAAACUCAGUUUGUCUACCUGAAAAAGAAAAAAAAACACUUUUUAAGGGCUUCUUGUUAUGGUACAUUUGAGAGAUAUGAGUGACUGAUUACAGUGACAAUUACUGUUUCAUAGCUUGAAAGGGAAUUUGAAUUAUUUAAAAUGUUGGUACAUCACAUGCUUAAAACACACAUUGUAAGUUGACUUUAUAGUAAAAUGUAUUAAAACUUGUACAUUUCAUGUGCUUGUUUAAUCAUAAAUUGUGAGCACAAACUUGCAAAAACAUUUUAUUCAGAAAAAAGUAAAAUGGAUAAAAUCUGGCAGCAAAAG